AUUCUAUAGGAAAGCACUCACUCUAAAUCACUUAGUAGCGACCUACAAAAAGCUCAUGGUGUGUCUGAUUGAUGGAGUGGCCAUGGGAGGAGGAGCAACUCUGUCCAUGAACGCAACCUUUAGGAUUAUCACUGAAAAUGCUAUAUUUGCUAUGCCAGAGGUACAUAUAGGAAAUUUUCAGGAUGCCGGUGCAAGUUACUUCCUUUCUAGGCUUCCUGGUUAUUUCGGGGAAUACUUGGGGUUAACUGGCACACGUUUGAAGGGAGCAGAAAUGCUAGCAUGUGGUUUAGCCACUCAUUUCAUCCCUUCAAUGAGGCUACAAUCUUUGGAAAAUGCCCUGCAAGCUGUUACUUCUUCAAAUGUAUCAACUAUUGCCACGUUAAUAGAAACUUUUGCUAACAAAGCAUAUGCAAGAAAAAACAGCUCUUUUAUGAGAUUGGAGAUUAUAAACAAAUGUUUUUCCAAAGAAACUGUGGAAGAUAUAAUCCAUACUUUGGAAAAUGAAUUAUUAGAAAAUGGAACAGAAAAGUGGAUAACAGAUGCAUUAAGCUCAAUGCGUUCAGCAAGUCCUAUAAGUCUCAAAAUAACUCUUAAAUUAAUAAGAAAAAGUCGAAUACAAAAUAUCGAAGAAUGUCUUUAUCGGGAUUAUAAUAUUGCCAGCCAUGUCAUUAGAGGAACCGUUAGUUAUGAUCUCUUUGAGGGUUCAAGAGCAAAGCUCUUUGACAAGGACAACAAGCCCAAGUGGGAGCCUUCAAAACUUGAGUUAGUUAGUGAAGAAAUGGUGGAUCAGUGCUUCAAAAGUGUCAACCAUGAUGAAUGGGAGCGUCUGCAACUUCCAGAUAGAUCCAAUAAUUCCCAAUCCAUAACAAGCUGCAAAUUAUAG